AUGAUGCUGGAGCUACUCGGUUUCAUGCAAUUAUCGACGGACGUUCGCACCCCUGAAAAUACUCUACUUUGUAAUGAAAUAAAGGUUUGGCAAGGCCACGCCAUUUUGUUUUUCAAUAAUGCUAAAUUCGAGACAACCGAUUUUGAAUUUCUUAUAAAGAUACGUGUUAGCGGGAAGCAACGCGAUGAGACAAAGUUCGGGAAAACAUGGACUUCCUCAAUUUUGUUGGAUGAUAGUGACAAAACUUUUCGUCGAAUUUUAACUGAACUUGAUGCUCCCACGCGAGACGUCGAUGUGUUUACCUUUGAGGACGUAGAAUUGCCUAGAGAGUAUGAUAACGAGUAUUGA